GGGUGGCAGCUUGAGAUCGGCACCAUGGCCACCCUAGCCGUGACCGAGCCCCCCGCCUCACGGGCGCCCUCCCUCUCUCCGGCCCGCUCCCCGGCCCGAUCGCCGGCCCGCUCCCCGGCGCUGUCGCCGGCCCUUGGCCCCUCUCGUGGCGGCGGGGAGCGGCGAAGGAACGCCUUGGACGCCGGCGCGGGCCUCGGCGCCAUCCAGGAUACACAGCUAAGAUCAGUGGAUUUGAAUCGCGUCAUUAAACUACUCCAAGAUUCAAACUCAAAAGAUUUGGAAAAAGAGCAGCUGAAAAGUCUCAAGAAGGUAGCCAAGUGUUUUGAAAAUGGGCUUCCCCUUAAGGAUUUAGCACAAAUAAUGGAAAUUCUUAACCUGUGUGCAGAAAAAAUUAAUGAACAAGAAGCUUUCACCAAGCCUUUAUGUGAACUUAUUAAAUUAUGUGGGUUACCAUUUCAAAAAAAGAAAUUUUCUGAUGAAAUAAGCUAUUCCACAGUGGUUUCAAAAUUCAUUGCACAACUGGGUUAUUUGAUGAGGGUGCCAAGCUCUGAAGUUAGAAUACAAAUCUGUAAGUGUAUUAUUAGCUUUUAUAAUACGGAGCCACCAAGAAAACUAGUUUCAGGUUGCCAGCCAACAAGUGCAAACUAUAAAAUUCAGAUGGCUGAAUUAGGAGAAUUAGCAGAAACUCUCGUUUUGUCACUAGCAGUAGUUGAAAGUCAACUUAUUGAGAAGCUGUGGGUACUUAAAGCUCUCCAGCAUCUGUCCAGCUCUGGAGUAAAUUGCAGGCUUAUGCUGAAGGCCCAAGCGGCCAGCAGACUCUGUUUGUAUCUAAAUGGUGAUGAUCCCUCAGGGCAGCUGGUGUUCCGCUCCUCAGAAAUCCUAUGGAACCUGGUAGAAAAUACGUCAAAAGAAGAAGUCUGUAAUCAGCUCAGUAGCUUGGAAUGUGUACAUACUUUGAAAGAAGUAUUUGAAGACCUUCUCAUGCAUGGUUUCCGGCAUUAUGAUCGUCAGCUACGGAAUGACCUGUUGGUGUUUGCCACGUUACUAGCUGAAAAUCCUGCAGCACCUAUGAUUGAAAGUGGAUUUGCAAAGCUUUUAAUUGCACUUGCAACAUUUACUGAAGCUAAAAUUCCCAGUCCCUUGGUGAAAGGUCUUAAACUUACUUGCUGUUAUGAGGACUUUGAGAUGAAGAAAUUGCUAUUUCAUGUAAUAGGAGUCUUAUCUAAAGACCCACGUGCUGUACAGUUUCUCAGUGAAAAUGAUGUUAUGCCAGCUUUGCUUUAUUAUGUAAAACCAAAUCAAAAGCCUGGAUUUUAUGAAUGGUCUGCUGCUCAGUAUGAAGAAUUACAGCUUCAUGCAAUUGCUAUUUUAGCUUCUGUGGCUCCCUUGUUAAUAGAUAAAUAUAUGUCCUGCCAGGCAAAUACUCUUCUCCUUGUGUUUCUAGAAUGGUGUAUAGGCCAAGAUGCUUUCUUUGGUCAAGGUAACAGUUUCCAUGGAACAAGUGGUCGUGGCAACAAACUUGCACAAAUGCGCUACAGCCUGAGAGUGCUGAGGUCUGUUGUGGCUCUUUACAAUGAUGCUGUGAACCUUAAUUUGUGUGACCAGGGAGCAAUUAGCCAGCUACUGGACAUCCUAAAGUAUGCAGUAAACAAAUCUAAAGAGAAGGAAGAUGCCGUUCUACUGGAAAUCCAAGCUGAUGUAUUAUUUAUUUUGUCUGCUGUCUGUAAAAAUGAUCUUCUCAGAAACGAAUUCUUCAGCUAUGAAGGAGUGGAUAUACUUAUCCCAUUCAUUCAGAUGGAUCCAAAGAAGUUAUGUAGUGGAUUAGGCCACAGUUUUCUCCUCCUAAGUGCACUCGACUGCUUGUGGUCCUGUGUCCUUGGAUUUUACAUUGCAGAAGAUUAUUUUCUUGAAAAACAGGGCAUUUUUCUCCUUCUGGAUUUGUUGGCAGUAAAGCAAAAGAACCUGUGCAAUAUAAUCCUUGGAAUCUUGGUUGAAUUUUGUGACAACCCUAAAACCACUUCACACAUCAGUACCUGGCGAGGGGAGAAAGAUCAAACAGCAGCUAGCCUUCUAAUACAAUUAUGGAGACAGGAAGAGUUGGAUCUAGGAAUCAAACGUGAUCGCUAUGGAAGGAUUGUUGACAUGAAGAGGCCUAUUACUAGCCGCUUCCAGAAACAGCAAGAGGUCAGUCCCUUGCCUGCCAACUGUCCCAGCUUUGCCAUCAUGGAAAUUUCAGAAAGCAUACAGGCAAAACUUUAUUUGUUAUUCUGCAAGCUAGGUUUUGAAAAUUUACCUGGCUUACCGGCUAAGGACUGUGUCACGCUUGCUAUCAUACAGCAUUAUAUUGAUUUUAAAGUUGGAGAAGUUUGGAGUGAAAUCUGUGCAGAACUAAAAGAAGAAUUCAAGCCUAUUGAAUCAGAUGAGGAAGCUUUGAAAGUUCUUUCAGAGGUAUCAGAAGAUACUGGAAGAAAGGUUGCUGCUUUGCAGACUGCAGUGCUUGAAAGUCAACACCAACAAGAAAUACAAGAAGAACAAAAAACAUAUAAAAAAAUCAAAGCUAUCCACAAGCAGAGAGAAAUGCUAAAUAAAUCUUGGGAAAAUUUCUUGACUCGGACAUCCAACUAUGAGGCACUGAAGAAAGCAAAAAGGCUUCAGGAAAAAUCAAUAGAGGCUUCCAGACCUAAACUGAAGACUCAAAAUGAAGCAGUUUAUUCUACUCAUAUUAAAGGCCUCGGUACAACAAUUGGAUCUGGUCACUUAGUAACUGUCAAAAGUACACCUCCAUUAACUGGAAGGCCACUGAAUGUUACAGAAUUUGCUCUUAGAAAGCUGCCUCUUUCUGAAGAAGCCUUAAAGAAAGAUCAAAAGCAUUAAAACACUGGACUUGGUCUAGAAAGCUUUGGUACCUGUGGAAUAGAGUGUUCUGAACAGUGUUUUUACUAUAGUUAACUGUAUGUGCAUCUUAGAUACAAGAUAAAAUCUGUUUGUAAUUCUUUGGUGAAUUGCAUAGAGCAUCUUGAGAGCAAAACUGUAUUUUGCCUUAACUAAUUAUAAACAUGGGGAUGAUUUAUUAAUAAAGUACCCUGUACAGUAAGGUACACAGGUAGGCUGAGUCUAAAAAUUUUGUGUGUUAGUGUCAGGUUACCGUGAUCCUCUAUCAGUCGGUCCACUAUUUAGUUUUCCAUCUCUUGUUGACUCAUUCCACACAUUGCAGUUUAAGUAUCUCUUCCAUCGAGCAGGGCAAUGACCUUUCACAUAAACACAUUCAUUUCCUCAUUUUCCUGGAUCCCAUACCCAUGUGGGUUUUGUCCCAGUCCAUUUUGUUUCUUGAACUGCCUUCUUUAGCAUGAGGACUUCUGAUUUACGUUCUCUCAGUUUUCAUCUAAAGACUCCCUAAAAAGCUUGUUUGUGCCAAGUUUCUCCAAGCCUGGUGGAGACACGCUGAAGUGUCCUGCUGUUCAGGGAUUUCUGACAGCUCUUGGACUGAUCGUACUAUUCUAAUUACUUCUUGGGUUAUUGCCCCUAUUGUCUCCAAGAGGAACUCUUUGUCUUCCACUUCUAGAAUACCAACACAAACUUGUGAGCAGACCUUCUUGUACAUGACUCAGUUUCUAAGCUAUUCUCUCUUUUCCUAGCCUGGGCAAAGCCAAAAAUUGUUAUAUUACAAUAGAGCAAGAUUCCCUGAGGCUAUUACCUCAUUUUAAAACCAGUCACUAGCCAGUGAUAUGGCAUAAAAUUAUGUGACAUUGCAAGGGGUUCCGUGACAUACAAGCUCUGGCACAUAGUCUGUCAUUUUUGCCUGUAAGCAAUGUUUCAUGAAAGUAUAAACUUUCACUUCGUUAAAUGCCAGCUUGAAAAAUUGAAACAAGUUUGAGCUAAAUGGGUAGAACUUAGUACCCAACUCCCUUUUUCACUUCCUGAAAGAGCCAUGGGGUGGGUGUGUGUAUGAAGGGUUUCUUGAAAAUCUGUUUGUCCAUGUAAUAAGACAUACCGGUACUGGCAUUAAACAUAAAGGCGGUGAUUUUUGUUUCAAAUUUGUCUACUUAAAUUCUAUAGAAACAAGAACCUGAAUAAAAUAAUGAAAUAAAC